AUGUCAUCUCCAAUUCAUGAUGAUCCUGAAGCUGAUGAUGCUGAAGAUAAUUCUAAAGAUGAUAAUCAUGAAAUUGAAGAAGAAUAUUUUCCCCCUGCAUCAAAACCUAAAGAACGACAUGCAAUAUCAAAUAUGAAAUUUAUGGAUCUUAUACGUGACUUAAAACUAUCGACAAGACAGACGGAGAUGCUCGGUUCUCGACUUAAGCAAUGGAAUUUGGUGGAAAAAGACUUUAAAAUUACGCUGAACCGGGAAAAUAAUAAUCGAAGUACUUUGGAAGAAAUUUUCAAAGUGGAUGAAGAAAAUGAAAAGAAUUUUGCCUCAUAUGUAUCAAAUGAAUGGCGACUUUUCAUUGAUGGUUCGACCACAAUUUUAAAAGCUGUGUUAUUACACAAUGAAAAUAAAGUCCCAUCAGUUCCACUAGCUUACGCAACUGACAUGAAAGAAACCUACGAAAUUUUAGAAAAAAUACUUCGCCUUAUCAAAUACCCUCAACAUGAAUGGCAAAUAGUGAGUGACUUGAAAGUGUUGACAAUUUUAUUUGGUAUGCAAGGUGGGUACACUAAGCACCCUUGCUACCUAUGUGAGUUGGACAGUCGUGCUCCGAAUAGGUAUGCAAAAUCUGAAUGGCCAUCACGUCAAUAUUUCAAAAUCGGUCAAAAAAAUGUCUUGAACCCUCCACUAGUACGACCAGAAAAUGUAAUCUUACCCCCAUUACACCUGAAACUGGGUUAUAUAAAGCAGUUUUUGAAGAAAUUGAAAUGGGACGGCGUAGCAAUUUGUUAUCUCAAAGAAGUUGUAUUUCCCAAAUUGAGUGACGCAAAGUUAAAAGGAGGAAUCCUUAACGGACCUCAGAUUUGAAACCUCAUGCGAGAUGAUGUAUUCCCCACCAAGUUGAAUAAAGUGGAAAAACGUGCAUGGAAAGGUUUUAAGUCAUUAUGUGAGGAUUUCCUGGGAAAUAACAAAAGCUCUAAUUAUGUUGAUGUUGUUCACGAGUUUUUAAAAGCGUACGAGAAAAUGGGGUGCAAUAUGUCUAAAAAGGUCCAUUUCCUGCACUCGCAUUUAAAUUUCUUUCCGGAAAAUUUAGGGAAACUGAGCGAUGAGCAAGGUGAACGUUUUCACCAGGAAAUAGGAACCAUUGAGAACCGUUUCCAAGGGAAGAAUUCCGUCAGCAUGCUUGCUAAUUAUUGCUGGUCAUUGAAGCGAGAAACAAGUGAUGAAUUGUAUAAGCGAAAAAGGUCGAGUAAGCAUUUUUAAUGUAAAGCAAUUUGUUAAUAUGUUUAAAUUAAUACUUGCAAUAAAAGUAAAAUUUUAUUUUAAAGUUGAAAAGAAAAAUUAUUUUAAGUUUUAAGAUGCAACAUUUUAUAGUCAAUUCUUAUUGAUUCUUUUAAUUUAAGUUGAUUAUAAAAACUUUUUUCCAGUCUCUUUAAAUUUUUAAAUUUAAAACAAUAUUAUUAAGAUAGCAGCAAUUCUGCAUAAUUUAA